AUUCACAUGCGGAAGUUGGAGUGGGGAAAACAAUCGGGUGGAUCGACGACCAGUAACUUUAAAUAAGGAAUAGAAGAAACAAACGAAAGGUGUUAUAUUUGACCCGGUCACCUGCUGAUAUCUCUGGUGGACGUUUUCCACACAUAAAGGAUAGUCAAGAUGGAGUUCCUGUUUGGAAAAAGAAAGACUCCAGAGGAGAUGCUCAGACAGAAUCAGAGAGCACUGAAUCGAGCCAUGAGAGAUCUGGACAGAGAACGUCAGAGAAUGGAGCAACAGGAAAAGAAAAUAAUUGCAGACAUUAAGAAAAUGGCCAAACAAGGACAGAUGGAUGCUGUUAAGAUUAUGGCUAAGGACUUGGUUCGCACAAGACGAUACGUUAAGAAAUUCAUCAUGAUGAGAGCCAAUAUUCAAGCUGUCAGCCUUAAAAUCCAAACCCUCAAAUCAAACAACAGCAUGGCACAGGCCAUGAAAGGAGUCACCAAAGCUAUGGCCACCAUGAACAGACAGCUGAAGUUGCCACAGAUUCAAAAGAUCAUGAUGGAGUUUGAGCGCCAAAGUGAAAUAAUGGACAUGAAGGAAGAGAUGAUGAAUGACGCAAUUGAUGAUGCAAUGGGAGAUGAAGAUGAUGAAGAGGAGAGUGAUGCUGUGGUUUCUCAAGUUCUGGAUGAGCUGGGUCUGACACUGUCUGAUGAACUUUCAAACCUGCCUUCUACUGGAGGAAGUCUCUCAGUUGCAGCUGGGAAGAAAGCUGAACCACAGCCUACGCUGGCAGAUGCUGAUGCUGACCUGGAGGAGAGGCUGAAUAACCUCAGGAAAGACUGAAAUUGAAAACUUUUAGUAAAGGUUUUGAAUCAUAAAUGUUUAUGGAAAGCUCACUUGCAAAGAGCAAAAGAAAAGAGGGAGGUACAUUGGAGUAUUUGGGUGCAGUGUUUUUGUUUUUUCUUAUCUUAGACGCCUUUUUGCGUCCCAUGUGCUGUCUAAAUGUUAUCCUGCCAAACAAGGUACCCCAAUGAAGAUGCAAUGCAUCAGACUGCUUUCAAAACUUCUGUUCAGACAAAUCCUUUCUAAAGGUGAUAUAUUUUGAUCAACUCAAGCCCAAGAAAACAAGGUUCCAAAACUAACACUAAAUAUUUAAUUACUUAAACCAGUUUUAAUCACAUACCUCUUGAAGUCUAAUAAAUGUGGAUUGUGAUACUUUCCUUUUAUAUAAAUAGUGUAAAAAAAAAAAACAUUCUCUCCAUAUAUGGGUACAUCCGAGUACCCUCUUUGAAAUACCUGUGCAAUUAUACUAUCAUAAACUCUGCUAAUGAUAUUUUCAUCUUGAUAUUUCAGUGGUACAUGCCCUUGUAUAAUAAAUGUGGUGGUUUAUAUUUAUUUCUCAAAGUGAUUGAAUCUCUGGUCCCGAAACACUGGCCUGUUCAUUCAUUUAUUGAUCUUCAUAGAAGAUUAAAGAGAUAGUUCAAGUGAAAAUCUCAUCAUUUACUCACCCUCUUGUCAUCCCAGAUGUGUAUAACUUACUUUCUUCUGCAGAAAACAAAUAAAGAUUUUAGAAGAAUAUCUCAGUUCUGUAGGUCCAUACAAUGCAAGUGAAUGGUGACAAGAACGUUGUAUGUUCAAAAAGCAUAUAGAGGCAUUAUAAAUGUAAUCCAUACUACUCCAGUGGUUAAAUCCAUAUCUUUAAAAGCAAUAUGAUAGGUGUGGGUGAGAAACAGAUCAAUAUUUAUUUCCUAUUUAACAAUACUCUCCAAUUCACAUUCUUCGUGCAUAUCCCUACAUACUAGGCAAGGAGGAGAAUUUAUAGUAAUAUUUAUAAGUAUAUAAAUAUUGAUCUGUUUCUCACCCACACUCUUACACCUCACAUUUCUGAACAUAUGGAUUUAACCACUGGAGUCUUAUGGAUUACUUUUAUACUGCCUCGUAUGCACCUACAGAGCUGAAAUAUUCUUGUAAAAAUCUUUGUGUUCUUGCAGAAGAAAGUAAGUCGUACGCAUCUGGGAUGGCAUGAGGCUGAGUAAAUGAUGAGAGAAUUCUCAUUUGUGGGCAAACUAUCCCUUUAACUUUGUUUGAGACAAAAUCUCACAAUAACUUUUGUCAUUUAAUAAAAAAGCUUUUUUUUUAUUAAUCUAAUUAUUGAAAGUAGAAAAAUAGUAAAUGUAUUUCUCAUGGUCAAUCAAAAAGAUUU